CCCACUUCAUCCGAUUCAGACACAUCCAGCCCAAAUAAAUCAGCUACAGGAUUUAAAAUAAAUACCUAAUCUCGGUUAACUACAAUGCAUCUAUACGUUAAGCAUGCCUCGUUAAUCAAUAAUUGUUAUCCAGACAAAGAAGGUGAAAAGGGACCACGUUCUUCCGAAUUGAGUUAUCUGGUUUUCUAUGCCACUUCUCGUCCUGUAAAGUUAACAAAGGUUGGAGUAUUCCUUGAGAAGAAGGUCGAGAGAGACAUUCAGAAGGGCAAGAAACAAAACAACCAAGUGUCCUUAGAUAUCAUCAAAGUACUUAUCGAGGCCUGUCAUCGAGACCUAAACUUGUUUUCAAAAUAUGUCGUCCGAAUCCUUAACAUGGUCCUUGACACAAAAGACGUUCAGCUUAUCAACCUAACCUGUGAAACCUUUGUCGUUUUUGCAAACUAUCAUGAUGGAUCAACUUUGGGCGUAGAUUCUGAAUUGACCGUGGACUACGAACGUCUUGUCCAGAAGUUUGCUACAUUUUAUGAUCCCAGUGACAAUGAUGACCAACAAACUACUCAACUGAGAUAUAUUGGUCAGCGUGCUAUGCAUGCUGCAGUAACAUCACCUGCAUUAUAUGCUUCCGAUUUCGCAACACAGGUGGAAUUGAUUAUGCCACCCUUGAUUACUGCACUUGCUAACAUUGGUCAUCCUGUUGAUUCAACCAAGACUGGACCUGCACCAACAAAUAUUCAUACUGGAACUGUUGAUAAAAAUACAGUUGAUCUCUUGGCUACAAAUACAUUUGUGCUUAUAUUCAACAAAGCUAACGGCAGUGCUGUUAGAGCAACACUAAAACCACUCUUUACAUUUUUUGAUACCAAUCAAAAGUGGUGGCCUUCAAAUCUGGCUACUUCUUCAAUGGAACUUGUUCUUGAUUCUCUCCAGCCUCAAUUUAGAUACAUGUUAGUAUCUGAACUUCUUCAACAGUUGGAAAGUUCGAAAUCCGGUGGCGAAAACUACAUGAACGAAAAGUCAGCAUCUAUUAUCACCACUUUGGACAGACUCUUGAAUGCAAAUAUACCCUUGGUCGGCAUUUCUGUCCUCGAGGUUCUCAACUCACUAUUCACCCAUCUCGUGAAGUCCUUGUCGGGCCACAUGUCGUCGUCCGACACAAUCGCACAACAACUUGAUCCUAACCACAACCCAGACUCGGAAGAAAUGACAAUCGAGUAUGCCGUCAACCAUGGUCUGGUUCACAGUAUCGGUGGCCUGGCGUCGCAGAUCUACUACCAGAACCAACUUAACGACAUCACAGGCUACAUAAUCACCAAACUUAGAGUUGGUACGGCUUUGGACCAAGUAGAUGGUCUUCCGGUAGUGCAGUACAGACGUAUUGCGCUCAAGUGUCUUAAUCUUAUUUUGUCUGGAACAAAACAAACGGCCGAAACAGACGACCACGACAACCAAGCAUACCCAACUUCGGUGUCUUUAGAUGUCUGGAUCCCAGCAUUUGGACUCUUGACGGACCGACAAUCCGAGACACGUGUGGAUAUCGCAGACGCACUGAUUCGGUAUCUCGACGAGACAUCGAAGAAUAGCGACGAAGAGGCAGAGCUCUUAUCGUCGUCACUGGAUCCCUUUCCAAAACACAUGCUCAAUCAGCACGGGGACGUCAUGUUCGUAAACGCUCUUCACCAGGCCAUCGUCGACUGGGCAGUGGUGGCUGACUGUAGGGUUCAGGACAUCAAGGCACUCUAUAACCUCCUCUGUGCACUCACACGUCGAUUUGGAGCCGAUGGAACAAUCAAGGCUAUACCACUGAUAUUUAAACUCCAGAGUCUGGUACAAACUGGAAUUGUGAGUAGCGCUAACAGUGGUGGUAGUGCUAGUGGUGCGGCGGCCUGUCAGAGAGCCGCGGCAGCACUUGUGGUUGAGUGGCUAGAUAUGAUUGCAGACUUUUAUGGGAUCAAUCGUCUGAAAGAGUACAUUGACCGAAUCAAACGUGAGCGCAUCCUUGCUAGGGAGUAUUCAUCAGUGUUUUUACCCGAGACUGCCGAUCGUCUAGCCGGAGUGUCAUCGUUUGAAGAUGUUGAGCGCGGCAACACCAAGACGGUCGAAUGCUUUGUAGACCGACAUCUGAUUGUUGAAAUCUUUUCAAAAGACAGCCCUCUUCGAGACGAAGAAGACACUCAUGGAUUAGAUCUUGAAAGCAAGCUGUAUGCCGAGUGGGGAUCAGAAGUAUUUGUGAGCCACGAAAGAUCCUUUAGAAUCCGAACUUCUCGAAACAUGGAUGAUCUAAAGCCAAAGCUGACAAUACCUUGGUCCAGCACAGAUUACAAUGCAAGUAUAUUUAUAUGUACAUCUUGUAAAGACUCCUUUAAAAAUCCAAAAAUAAUGUGCUCCCAACUUGAUAAAUCUAGAGCUGUCAAAGUAGAGACACUUAAGGAAGCUUUGUCCCAAUCAAACAGUGAAAAGUCAGACUCACAGAAAGAUCCAAUCCACACAAUGACAACCCUUGCGCUUUCCAAGCGACCCAAAGAUAAUCGAAAAGACAUGGAUUCUCUCUUAUCUGCUCUGACCUUUGAAUCGACUGAAGACAGGUCUCAUUCUCUAGUAAACCCUCCUUACAGAGGAUAA